ACGUAACGGGUGCGCGCGCGCGAGAAGUCGGCGGUGGAUGUUGUAUGGUCGGCUAGGAAUGGCUAGGCGGAGCUACUCGCGACUACUGCAUGCAUGCGGGAACUUUUGACGGUUUGGCGGAACAAAAAGGUGGUGACGUGCCUUGGGUUGGCAUGCAUCGAAAUGCGGUGGAGACCAAAAGGCAGGCAGGAACCUCGAACAAGUUUGGGACAGGACGAUAGGUAUAAUGCGCGUUGGUGGUGUGCACCGGCCCGACCAGGAGGUGUUGGAGUUUCAGAGUGGCAGCUAGCAUUAGACAGGAUGCAGCCGACGACCAGCCCUGGAGAGUCUCGAUGCCGUGUAGAAUGCGCAGGCAGCCAAUCAGCCGGACGCACGCCUGAAGCCUCUACGACGGUCAAAUCUGCGCGUCGUCAAUCAAAUCAUCGUCGCCCACCCGCACGCGCCUCGUCGAGACGCCCAACAGCCACAGCCCGCGUUGUUUACCCUUGCAGCAGCCAGCCCGCCCUGGUCGUCGGCGGAGGCAGCGAUCGUGUGCCCCUUCCCAGCAGAACCAGACUAUCGAAAAUAAGCGGCGCUGCGGCCCCACGAAUGAGAGUCUACAAGGGCCGCGGACAUGACCUCGAUCCAGAGACCGCAUUCCAGAUGUCCAUACACACGAACGCACUCCAUCAAACACGAAGUCGCUCCUUUUUGCGACCCAGCGAACGACUGUUGGCCUGUUUCACACUAAGACAUCCCCUCCCAUUCCAUCAUCCGCUGCUGUCCUCCUACCGCUGCCUUCACCGCUGCAAUACUAGCACUGUUAUUGCACCCUUAAGGCAGGGGCGAAGCUUUGCAUCGGCGAGAAGAAACUUCCUCGACCCUGGCAGGGAACCUUCCGCGACAACAUCCUGGGAAUAACCCGACGGGUUAUUGUGUGCUGCCGUAGCGCACUGGCUCUCGUGGACAGGCCGACAAACGGUCGCUUCAUCGCUCCAUCGCUGCUGACCGAGCUUCCCUCAUCGUCAUAGUAUGCGUCAUCCAAGCAUUCGUUUUGCGUCUCAGUGUUUCGUUAUCAGCACAGUCGACCAAGCUUUCAACCGCAUGUGGUCAGUUAUCUGGUUGAGUUGCGGGUCCCCUCUUGGUGAAGUGUGCCGGCUAAAACUGCUAAUAUUCACCGCCCAAGCUAUC